UUGACUAUUUUCCGGCGGCUAACCUAAUUCUAACCUCAGCACAUUGGCUGCCGAGCGGUGCUUACGAAUCUUGCGUCGUAAUUUCCACGUUAAUUGUAUCUUGUGCUUUAAGCUAUUAUUUAUAAUAAAAUGUCAUUUAUUCGGAUUGCUUUAGAGCAAUGUAGAAGUGCUAGACGCGUUGGAUUGCAAAAGGUUACACUAGUGAGAGAUAUUUCGCAAAGUUGCAUUUCGCAUCAAGAAUUACAAGAGGCAGUAAAAGAUAAUUCCUUCGAGUUCCGAAAGGAACAUUUAAUUAAGCCAAGCUCGGAUAGAUCAUUCAGAAUUCCUGUCGAAAUUAGCAUCAAAUAUCUUCAAAGCGAUGCAUACAAACAUACGUACGGAGACAAACCAGUUUGGUUGAUGUAUAGGAGGAAUUUCAAGGGUCACUUUCAACCUAAAAAAACUAGGAAAACAUGCAUAAGAAAUCAAGUUAUCACCACAACAAACGCCUGCCCAAUAUGUAGAGAUGAAUAUUUAGUAUUAGAUUAUAGAAAUAUUUUGUUAAUUAAGCAAUUUAUUUCUCCUAUAAAUGGUCAACUGUACGGUUACGAAAAAACUGGACUCUGUCAGAUGCAGCAUAAACAGCUUCUUUGUGCUAUAUACAAUGCUAAAAAUUAUGGAACCAUAAGUUUUGAUCCUCCUUUCAUAAAGUACGAUUACACAGAAUGGUAUAAACCAGAUGUUAAAUGCACCCACGAUCACUAGAAGCUGUAUAUAUA